UGAUCAUAACUAUUUAUAGACUGAAUAAAUCCACUUUUAUAUGUACAUAUGCAUACAAUGGAAUCUUCAGGAAUGUUAGAAGAAAGGAAAAACUCGAACCGAAAAGGUGGCUUCAAGAAAAGAGUAGGAUUCAAACCACAGUUUUUAAUUACACACCAACAGAAAAAGAAACAUGAAGAACAUUACGACGUGAAGCUGUUUUACAAAAUACGAAAUUUUCUCCAGGACAAUAAGCACCUCAAAAAUGAUGUGGAUGAAGUUUUCCCCAGUAUAUAUGUCGGAAAUGUACACUUCGCAAGAGAUUUACAAGGACUAAAAUACCGAGGAAUCACACAUAUAUUAAAUUUAGCAAUAGAGGAUUCAGAAACCGGAAGCGAAUACUACGCUGACACUGCAAUUACUUAUUCUGAAGUGGAGAUGUAUGACGAAGAAGAUUACGAUAUUAAACAACAUUUUGAGCAUACUUCUGAUAUAAUAGAUAAUGCUAUGAAACAAAAUGGCAAAGUAUUAGUUCAUUGUCACUCUGUGUACCGCCGGUCCCCAACUGUAGCAAUCGCAUAUAUGAUGAUGAAGCAAAAAUUCCAUCUUUGGGACGCCAUUGUUGAAGCAAGAUCAAAUAGAAAAAUAUGUCCAAAUUCAGGAUUUGUAGAACAGUUGUGUAUGCUUGAGAGAGAACUACAUGGACAUUCUUCUAACUUAGACCAAGUUGACGAAAACGACGAAACAUAAAGAGAUGUACUACUAUUGUAUAUAACGUUAGGUUGUGCCAACAAUGUAUAAACAGAAAAGCCAUUAGGGAUACACGUAUACUCCCAUUUGAAUAUCUUUGCAAAUAUCUGCAUGCAAAUAAAUUGAGUUACAUUUAGAUAUAAAAAAAUGAGGAGAUGAGGUAUGAUUGUCAAUGAGUCAACUUUCCAUACGAGUUAAAAUGAAGUGGUAAUAAACACCAACAUGCCUUCAUCAAUGAGAAAAACACAUAUCAUUGAGUGUAUAUUUAAUAAAAAUGAAUGAUAAAAUUUCAAUUUUAAUGGUGACAGUCAUAUAAAAGACAAUCUUAAUUUAUCGAUCACACUAGCUCUUUCCGAUGACCACCACCUUAUUUCUAUGUUAGCUCUAAAGUUAUAACUGAACACGAGUUAUUACCCGUCCUUGUUAAUUAUAUUAACACUUUAUUUUCGCUUUAUAGACUUAGAUAAUACCAAAAUGAGCAGCAAUAUUGUUUAUACAGAUAACAGAUAAUGAGAUGUGGUAUGAUUGCCAAUGAGACAACUAUCCAACAAAAUCCAAAUGACAUGGAUAUGAGCAACACUAUCUAGCAAAUCAUAUGGUCUUUAACAAUUCAAGUAAAAUUCGAACCUUGUUAUUCUUGUUCAUUCAGUAAUAAAAGACUCAAAUAAACAUUGUUUAAUAUAUGGGUUUACGAAAAGAUUACAGCCGACCAAUUAGACUAUACGUGUUAGGGAAUCAUAUGCACAAUUGAACAGGACAAGCAAAUUAACAGUGAAAACAUGUUUAACAGCUUUUUCUUUCAGCGAACCGUAUAACAAAUUGCAUUUCAAAACAAAUUUGUUGAAAGUUACAAAUUAUAAACAUUGUUAAUUUUUCUGUUUUUCACCAAGAUUAAAAUUGGACACCUUGCAUUUAUUAUGCUUUUCUUAACAUAUGAUCAAAUCUUCGAAAGACCCUCUCCUAAUUAUUGAAACUAUCUUCUGCAUUGACAUUAAUAUAUUGUUGUUAAUAAGAAACAUACAUUCGGGCCAACG